AUGAAAAGAUCAAUCCAACCCUCAACCUCUCUUACAUCCCUCCCUCCAGAUCUUCUAUCAAAAAUCUUAUCCCAUGCCGGUGAAAACUCCAGAGAAGAUGUACGAAAUGGCAUCUUCAUGUGCAAGGCCCUAGGAAACUCUGCUGCAGAUAUACAAGUUUUCAAAAGUUUGGAAUUGCGUGACAUUGUCAAAUGUCCAUUGCUAGCUCUUCGCAAAUACGCUGAACUAUUCCAGAAAUGCUUACUGCAUUCCAACCCUGCUGCCCACUACAUUAAAGGCUUGUUAGAAUAUUUACGUUUCGACAACCCUAUCGAAGGCCUGAAACAUUUGAAGGAAGCGGCAGAUGCAACUGUCCCUGUGAAUGAAGCACUCUAUCUCUACGGAACCAUCAUGUUGUGCACUGGUCACUACAAUAUAGGCAAACACUAUAUGGAUAGGCUACGCUGGAUGGACGACAAAGCUUUGACUGAACAAUGCUGGAAAAAUAUCAUGAUCUCAGUUCAUGGGAUUGGUAUCAUAACCAAGCCAGAAUAUAUGACCUCUUUAUGGGCGAUGAUGCCUCCGUAUGUGUGUAACAUAAAUGACAUGGAUAAUACAUGUGAGAAGUGUUUCCACUACAAGCAAAUGAUCAAGUUCAUCUUCACGAUUUAA